AUGGAGGUCUUGUCUCUUGGUCUAUGUUUACUGGGAUACUUCAAAACCCUGCCUAGCUUCCUACGACCACUGUCGUUUUGGACGCCACAGUAUCCUCUAUGUUACACGCCAAAUCAUGCCAUCGAAGUUCCCAUAGGCGUUCCACUACCGGAGGGAAUCCAAGGCGGCCAGAACAAUGGUGCGCCUCCUGGGUUCCCUGCUUCCGGGAAUGGGCUUUGGUAUACGGCACCCGGGCAAAGUGACUCGUGGUCGACGCAGUGGUUGCCUGUUGGCAAUGGAUAUAUAGCAGCGACUACACCUGGAGGAACCUUCCAGGAGACAAUGCACUUGAAUAUUGAGUCCUUAUGGUCCGGUGGACCAUUCCAGGAUCCGACGUACAAUGGCGGCAACCAGCUUCCUUCUGAACAAGCAACAAUGGCGCAAGAUAUGCAGACCAUCCGACAGACGAUAUUUGAGAGCUUAAACGGGACGAUUGAUAAUAUCGAAGAGCUAAUGCUUCCUGCUGGGGCGUAUGGUUCGUACUCUGCAGCGGGCUAUUUGCUCACGACCAUGAAUACUACGGGACCGGUCUCGGGAUACUUCCGAUGGCUCGACCUAGACUCGGCUGUUGCACAUACUGUAUGGACGCAGGGAAAUGCAACUUUUUAUCGUGAUUCCUUCUGUUCUCAUCCUGCCCAGGCGUGUGUGCAAUAUGUGAACAGCACUGGAGUAGACCCCCUUCCACCGCUAACGUAUACAUUCUCCGUGACCGCAGAAUCCGGUUUGCCUAUCCCGAACGUCACCUGUUUUGACAACGAUACUCUCCAAGCGACGGGCCAGGUUUCAGAUCCCGGUAUGUCGUACGAGAUUCUCGCACGCGUACGCACGACAGGAAACAGCACUGUCUCCUGCUCAUACAUCGCCGGCAAUGCGACAUUGAGCGUAGACAACGCUCAUGAAGCGUGGAUUACUUGGGUGGGCGAUACGGAUUACUCGAUGUACGCCGGGAACACCGCUAGCAAUUUCUCGUUCCGUGGUACAGAUCCGGGUCCCUCGCUGCCGCAUAUCAAACCAAUUGCGCGCGGGACGCUGCCUGCGAACUUGCAGGGCAAGUGGGCGGAGCUAUCCAGUAAUCCUUGGGGUGCCGAUUAUCACGCAAACAUCAACCUGCAGAUGAACUAUUGGUUUGCAGAGAUGACCAAUAUGGAUGUUGUCAUACCCGUCUUCAAUUAUAUUGAGAACACCUGGGCACCACGCGGCACAGAGACGGCGGAAAUCUUGUAUAAUAUCUCUCGGGGCUGGGUCACUCACGACGAGAUGAAUAUUUUUGGCCACACUGGCAUGAAGUUGUUGGGUAAUUCUGCGCAGUGGGCCGACUAUCCUGAGUCUGCGGUUUGGAUGAUGAUACAUGUAUGGGACCAUUUCGAUUACACCAACAACAUCACAUGGUUUCGAUCUCAAGGCUGGCCGCUUCUAAAGGGUGUCGCCGAGUUCCAUCUGGACAAGCUCAUCGAGGAUUUGCACUUCAAUGAUGGUACACUCGUCGUCAACCCUUGCAACUCGCCGGAACAGCUUCCUAUCACCCUCGGAUGUGCACAUGCACAACAAGUGAUCUGGCAGCUUUUCAAUGCUAUCGAGAAAGGCUUUACUGCAUCUGGUGAUACAAAUACGUCCUUCUUAGAAGAGGUUCAGGCUAAGCGAGCGCAAAUGGACAAGGGCAUCCACAUCGGGUGGUGGGGCCAACUGCAAGAGUGGAAGGUCGAUAUGGAUCAACAGAACGAUACCCACCGCCAUCUGUCUCAUCUCAUCGGGCUCUACCCUGGAUAUGCAGUCGCGUCGUAUGACCCGACGGUUCAGGGGAGCAAUACCACCAGCUACAGCAGGAGCGAUGUGCUAGCGGCCGCGGAAGUGAGCCUCAUUCAUCGCGGGAACGGCACGGGUCCCGACGCAGACUCCGGGUGGGAGAAGGUUUGGCGCGCCGCUUGUUGGGCUCAGCUUAAGAACGCGACCGAGUUUUACUUCGAACUCUCGUACGCUAUCGAGCGCAAUUUUGCGGGCAAUCUGUGGAGCAUGUACUCGUGGCCUCCAGGGGACGAUGGGAUCUUCCAGAUAGAUGCCAACUUCGGUUACCCUGCCGCUCUCCUGAAUGCCCUUGUGCAAGCACCCGAUGUUGCAGAUAUAUCUCUCCCGCUUGUUGUCACCAUUCUACCCGCAUUGCCGGAUGCAUGGCCUUCAGGAUCCCUGACAGGCGUGCGCCUCAGGGGCAGUAUGACUCUCAACCUCAAGUGGGCAGGAGGAAGGCCCACUUUUGUGGAGAUCAUCGUUGACCAGAGUGUGACGUCGCGGCAGGUGCAGGUCGUAUAUGCCAAUGAGGUGGUCGCUUCCUUCACAACGGCAGCGAAUCUGCAGCAGACAAUUGGGUUUUGA